UCUAUUCUUCCUCACACCCUCCAAGCUUUAAGACUACAAAGCUUAUUCACCAUCUUAACUCUUCCUUAUCUCUCUCAUUUCAAAUCUCUAAAACCACAAAAACUUAAAACGAUGCCUGAGGCACCAAAGAUCGAAGCUUUGGAGGUUUCUGAUCAGACUCUCGAGGAGAAGAACAAGAGCAAGCUCCUGUUCAUCGAAGAAGUGACCUCUAACGCUGACGAUGUCCAGAGAAUGGUUCUUGAGGAGAUCCUCUCACGCAAUGCUGACGUGGAGUACCUCAAACGUCACGGGCUCGAGGGACGAACCGACCGUGAGACUUUCAAACACGUCAUGCCUGUCGUAACGUACGAAGAUAUUCAGUCUGAGAUCAACAGAAUCGCUAAUGGUGAUACGUCCAAAAUCCUCUGUUCUAGCCCCAUCUCUGAGUUCCUCACCAGUUCUGGAACAUCUGGUGGAGAGAGGAAACUGAUGCCAACAAUAGAAGAGGAGCUAGACCGAAGAUCACUUCUCUACAGUCUCUUGAUGCCUGUGAUGAGCCAGUUUGUUCCUGGUCUUGACAAAGGCAAAGGAAUGUACUUUCUGUUCAUAAAAUCCGAAUCCAAGACACCUGGUGGUCUCCCAGCUCGUCCUGUCUUAACCAGUUACUACAAAUCCUCUCACUUCAAAAACAGACCCUUUGACCCUUACACCAACUACACAAGCCCUAACCAAACCAUCCUUUGUCCUGACUCUUACCAGAGCAUGUACUCUCAAAUGCUCUGUGGGUUAUGCCAACACAAAGAAGUACAACGUGUUGGCGCUGUCUUUGCCUCUGGUUUCAUCAGAGCCAUCAAGUUUCUUGAGAAACAUUGGCCUGAACUAACCCGUGAUAUAAGAACCGGUACACUCAGCUCUGAGAUAACCGAUCUUUCGGUCCGUGAGGCGGUAGGGGAGAUUCUUAAACCGGAUCCAAAGCUUGCGGAUUUUGUUGAAUCGGAAUGCAAGAAGACCUCUUGGCAAGGGAUCAUCACUAGGCUUUGGCCAAACACCAAGUAUGUGGAUGUGAUUGUGACUGGGACAAUGUCACAGUAUAUUCCAACUUUGGAUUAUUACAGCAACGGUUUGCCUCUUGUUUGCACAAUGUAUGCUUCUUCGGAAUGUUACUUUGGUGUGAAUCUGAGGCCACUAUGCAAACCAAGCGAGGUCUCUUACACUCUCAUACCAACCAUGGCCUAUUUCGAGUUCUUGCCUAUCCAUAGGAACAACGGAGUCACUAGCUCAAUCAGUCUUCCUAAAGCACUCACUGAGAAAGAACAACAGGAGCUUGUUGAUCUCGUUGAUGUCAAGCUUGGUGAGGAGUAUGAGCUUGUGGUCACCACCUAUGCCGGACUGUACAGAUACAGAGUGGGUGAUGUCCUAAGAGUGGCUGGUUUCAAGAAUAAUGCACCUCAAUUCAGCUUCAUAUGCCGCAAGAACGUAGUCCUAAGCAUUGAUUCAGACAAAACCGACGAGGUGGAGCUUCAAAAUGCAGUCAAAACCGCGGUAACACACCUUGUUCCCUUUGAUGCCUCACUCUCCGAGUACACUAGCUAUGCAGACACAUCGUCUAUCCCAGGCCACUAUGUCUUGUUCUGGGAGCUCUGCUUGAACGGUAACACGCCGGUUCCUCCCUCGGUGUUCGAGGAUUGUUGUUUAACCAUAGAGGAAUCAUUUAACAGUGUGUAUAGACAAGGAAGGGUCAGUGACAAGUCCAUUGGACCGUUGGAGAUCAGGGUAGUCGAAUCAGGGACUUUUGAUAAGCUCAUGGAUUAUGCGAUAAGCCUUGGGGCAUCUAUCAAUCAGUACAAGACACCGAGGUGUGUGAAGUUUGCUCCGAUCAUUGAGCUUUUAAACUCUAGGGUUGUUAAGUCUUACUUCAGCCCCAAGUGUCCAAAAUGGACCCCUGGUCACAAGCAAUGGGGAAGUAACUAAAGAGGGAAACUUUGAGGAGAAAGAGAGACUCUCUAUGUGAUAAUAGUUUCUAGUCCCAUUUGAACUGUUUUUGUAAUCAGAUGAAUGUCGAAAAGUGGUUAAUUAUUAUGUCUGUCUGUCUGUCUAAUUUUAAUCUUAAUCUUAAUUUU